AUGAGCAGAAUUGUGCUUGUCUGCCUCGUGGGCAGUACCACCGCCUUUUUCAUCCUCAUCGAUCUUAUCAUCUCCAUUGCCUUAUAUCAACUACAUGACCUCACAUCGGAUGACCUUAUUCCCAUCAAGUGGACCGGAAUCGGCCUCACGGCGCUCAAUCUCAUACUCGUAGGGCUUCUCUCCUACCGACUCUUCCUAGAGAGCGAGACACGAGUCACCGAAUGGCGCCUGGGGAAAGUCCGCGCCCGAGCCCUCUUCAGCAUCCUCAUUUUCAUCAACAUCGGCACCGUUAGCGGCGAAACAAUAUGGAGUCUGAGUGCCCAUCGUCCAGAGACAAGCAGAUCCGACCCGCGCUUCACCCUGACCAUCGCCCACGGCGUCGUCUGGGCCAUCGCAGCAUACUGCCAGGGCUUCCUCUGCGCCCUUUCCUUUGUCUUGUCGAAUAUCCUCGACAACCACUCCCACCGGGUCUCCAAGCUAUCCAUCGAUACAAGCCGAACAGCAGACGCCGCUCUCUCGACAAUCAAUUUCAUCUCCCCUUCCCCGAGCCCACAAUGGAAAGGCUCAUCGUUCUCCAGAACGUCGUCCCUCUUUGAUCCCCUGCCCUCCCCGCAGAGCGAAAUGAGCGUGCACACCAGCAUCUUGAGAACUACAUCCCCUGCCCCGGACUACAGGUCCCUGAGGGAAAUGGAACCGCUCUACUUCCAUCCGCCCAGCAGCCGCACCGGAUCCCUCCGCUCAAACCCCUCCAUCGACACGGUCGUCCGCCGCCCAACACUCUCCGACGGCAAGACUCAUGCCAAUACCACAGACCCCUUCUCCGCCUCCCGCGAGUCCCUCCUCGACAACAACAUCCACCCGCUCUUCCGACCGAGUAGCCCGCAUCUCCCGCCGACGCCGAACCAGGCGACUUCGAUCAUCGCGCCCCUGGGGUCUGCGUCGGACUAUUUUGGGGACCGGGCGGGCGCGGACCCGAACGUCUCGCCGGAGAUUCCGCAGCCCAGGCUGCCGGGGUAUGUGCUCAAUGCGACGGCUCGGAAUAGUUUGCUGCGGUAUGAGAGUUCAACGGCGGGUUGA